AGUUGUUUCUGAGCGGUCGCGUUGGCCUGGGACGACGAGCACUCGGGCUUCCGCUGCGGGCGCCGACCCUGGAGCCGACCCGCAGCGAGGACGGAGCCGCCGCGUUCUGGCCCCGGCUCGGGGGGGCUCCGACUCGGGGCUCUCGCCUUGGCCGGCCCCCCUCUCCCGACGCCGGCAUCGCAGCGCGGCCCGGGCCGCCCCCGUCUGCGGUCGCAGCCGGCUCGCGCCUCGGGCGCUCCGGGGGCCCUGCGAUGGCGGCGGGCCCUGGCAACCAGGACCAGGGAGGGCUCCUGAUAGUGAAACUGGAGGAGGACGGCGCCUGGAGCCAGGAGCUGCCGCCGCCGCACCCGGGGCCCAGCCCGGAGGCCUCCCACCUGCGGUUCCGGCGGUUCCGCUUCCAAGAGGCCGCGGGGCCGCGGGAGGCGCUGAGCCGCCUCCAGGAGCUGUGUCACGGCUGGCUGCGGCCCGAGCUGCGCUCCAAGGAGCAGAUCCUGGAGCUGCUGGUGCUCGAGCAGUUCGUGAGCAUCCUGCCCCCCGACAUCCAGGCGCGCGUGCGGGAGCUGCGCCCCGAGAGCGGCGAGGAGGCGGCGGGCCUGGUGGAGCAGCUGCAGCGGGAGCUGGCGAGGCCCGGGCCGCAGGUCACAAACCAUGGGCGGGGAACAGAAGUGCUUUUGGAGGAGCCUUUGCCUCUGGAAACAGCACGGGAGUCACCGAGCUUCAAGCUGGAGCCAAUGGAGACUGAGCGAAACCCUGGCCCCAGGCUGCAGGAGCUGCUAGGCCCCAGCCCCCAAAGGGACCCCCAGGCUGUAAAAGAGAGGGCCUUAUCUGCUCCCUGGCUUUCUCUCUUUCCUCCUGAAGGGAACUUGGAAGACAAGGAGAUGACUGGGCCCCAGUUGCCUGAGAGCUUAGAGGACGUGGCUAUGUACAUCUCCCAGGAGGAGUGGGGGCAUCAAGAUCCUAGUAAGAGGGCCCUCUCCAGGGACCUGGUGCAGGAGAGUUAUGAGAAUGUGGACACAGUGGUGUCUCAGCUUCCCAGUCAAGAGACCCUAAGCACCCACAUGGAACAAGGAGGAAAACCAUGGGGACCCAGUGUUCAGCCUUGCAAAGAGGGCCCAAGUCCCAGAACCUCAGCUCCAGGGGACGAGAAAUUUGAGAACCGAGAUGAAAGUGCUCAGCCCAUUUUCCCUGGGAGCAUCCACCCUCAGGUGCUUCUCCCUAUCCAAGCCAGAGGAGAAGUGCCCUGGAGUCCUGAGCAGGGAAAGCCGCAGGACAGAGCAGAAGGGCACUGGGAGCCUCCCCCAGACGAGCGGAUGGAGCAGUCACUAGUGGGUGCCAUGAAUUGCAGAGAAUUGGGGCGACAAAAGGAACUGCAGCCAAAGAAGCUCCACUUAUGUCCGUUGUGUGGCAAGAAUUUCUCUAACAACUCGAAUCUAAUAAGGCACCAACGAAUACACGCAGCAGAAAGACUGUGCGUGGGUGUAGAGUGCAGUGAACUCUUUGCUGGGAACCCACACUUUUUGUCACUACACAGAGCGCAUUUGGGAGAGGAGGCCCACAAGUGCCUUGAGUGCGGAAAAAGUUUUAGUCAGAACACCCACCUGACUCGCCACCAGCGCACCCACACGGGAGAGAAGCCCUACCAGUGUAACGUGUGUGGCAAAAGCUUCUCUUGCAACUCCAACCUCCACAGACACCAGAGAACGCACACAGGGGAAAAGCCCUACAAGUGUCCUGAGUGUGGGGAGAUUUUUGCUCACAGUUCCAACCUCCUCAGGCAUCAGAGAAUUCACACAGGAGAGAGACCCUAUAGGUGUGCUGAGUGUGGGAAGAGUUUCUCUCGUAGUUCACAUCUCGUCAUACAUGAAAGGACUCAUGAGAAAGAAAGGCUUUACCCAUUUUCUGAGUGUGCAGAGCCAGUGAGCAACAGCAUCUCCUUUCUCACACAUCAUGGAACCCACAAGGCAGAGAAGAAAGUCUUUGAAUGUUUGACUUGUGGGAAAAGCUUUCGGCAAGGCAUGCACCUCACCAGACAUCUGAGAACACACACGGGUGAGAAACCCUAUAAAUGUACUCUGUGUGGGGAAAACUUCUCUCACAGAUCCAACCUAAUCAGGCACCAGCGAAUUCACACGGGAGAGAAGCCCUACACCUGCCAUGAGUGUGGAGACAGCUUCUCGCACAGCUCUAACCGGAUUCGUCACCUGAGGACCCACACGGGUGAGAGACCCUAUAAAUGUGCGGAAUGUGGAGAAAGCUUUUCUCGGAGUUCACGCCUUAUGAGUCAUCAGAGGACUCACACCGGAUAAAACUGGCAUUUUUUUGACCCAAGGAAGGUGGCAUUCAGAGGGUCCUGUUGUUAAGAGCUGGCCUUCUUGUUCAGCUGACCAAAUGACCUCCGUCUCUCAAGGCUGUUACCGUAAGUGGGUAAUAGCCUUGUUGUGGGGGAGUGAUGAGGCAGAAAGGGUACAUGAAAGUACAAAGAAGUCUGGCUGAACUGAAGAUGGCAAGUUGGAGGUGGUCUGCUGGGUGGGAGAUUUAGCCUAGUUAGGGUUAGGUGUCUGUGUCCAGCAUCUGUCCUGACAACUUUGGGGAUCAAGGUGACUCAACUGCUUUCUCACUUGGGACAUUCAGCCAGGAGUAUGCGGCUCUUGACACCAGAGGAGAGGCCACGUCUCCUGAGAAACCAGCUAGAGGGCGCGCUGGUGGUGAGUUGCAGCUCUGCCAAGGCCGAACUUGAGAGCCCCCAGCACCCCUUAGCAGUCUGGCAGGAGUGCGGAUUGCCGGGCCAUUGCCCUCAGACAAAAGGAAACAAGGGAAAUGGCCAGAUGGAACAUUCAGGUUAGCUCAGGUAUUGGCAGAGAACACGGGAGUCUGAAUGAGCCCGCCCUUUCUAGAGACCUAGACUCCUCCCACUUGUCUGAGAGAGAAACAUACGGAAGCCUUCCUAAAAGGGGUAUCAUGGAAAAUUAAUCCCUGGCAAACCUUGAACAUACAGAUUCUAGGGAAACGGGAUGGUGCCUUCCACUGUUGGAAGUCUGUGUGGUUGGUAAUAAAUUCCUUUCGGAAGCCUGCAAGUGAGUGCCUCUUCAUUGUGGACCUGUGGUUUCUGUCUGCUUUGGUUCGAAGACUAUUGUGGUCUUGCUGGUUUGGUCAGAAAGGUUCAGACCAAGAUGGCAGACAAGUGGAGGUAGGGGUGGCCCUGGUACACACCAGGCUGGGACUGCAUUCAGUGACUACUCGAGGGGCUACUGUCAUAAUGGUAUCUGAAAAGCUUUUCUUCUGUGGUGUACAGUAGUAAAACUGUCCUUGGCUCUUUG